AGUCUAGGCCAGGGUCGCCAUCAGCCUCCGGGGACGUGACGGUCAUGUAAACACAACAGAGGCAGGAAGGCAGGGCAGGGGAGGCAGAGUUCACGCUGUCUUGUACGAUUAUCCAGGCUGUGGACAAAAAACUCAAGAUGAAGUUGCCACACAAUCUUCUGCUCUCUGCAACACUCUAUAUGUGCAUAAUGGGGAAAGAGGAUGUGGACUUUAUAGACACAGAAUCAACACAAGACAAGGAGGCGGCUCAGAAGUGUGAUGUUGGUACGAUUGUCGCUAGAAAGUUUGUUGAUGCUUUUUCUGAACUUAAAGAGGAAGCAGCAGCCAGCAGUCAGAUGCCUCACGAUGAAGACAUUAUUAACGCUGCAGAAAGUGUGUGUGAUGAUGCGUGGGAAGGGUUUCAUAGAAAUGGUAGAUCGGCCAAGAGAAACUUCGCAGCCCUGGAACUAACAGCCGAGAACGAGGAAGAAACGGUUUGGUCCCGGAGACUGCAAGACAUGUGUGAUGAGCUCAAUGGCCGA